AGUCAGAUACUUGCGUCUGAAUAGGAGCUGAACUUCAGUCAUCCUCACUAAACAAUAGCUGCCUUUCCUUUUCCAGUAUUUACAGCUUUAGAUUUUAUUCGUGUUUGCGCGAUGUUGCGCAAUGCUGCAGGUGUUUGAACCUGAUUGUUAUUGCGCAGGCGUGGGAAUAAGGCGCAGUAAAUGCGAAUUAAUUUAAAGGUUGGCGUGUAGAAGCAUGACUGUCAGUGUCGCCGUGUCAGAGCUGGAGCUGCGGUCUGAGCAUUGCUGAACUCAAACAGGAGAAAGAGACGAGAACUCUGAAUUUUACAGGAAAAUAUGUCGAAGCCGGACAGUGCCAAGGGGCAGCCCCACACCGGGACUGCACGCUUCAUCAGCGGCGUAGUGGAAGGAUUUUAUGGACGACCAUGGACUAUGGAGCAAAGAACAGAGCUGUUUAAGAGGCAGCAGAAGUGGGGUAUGAACACAUACCUCUAUGCCCCCAAGGAUGACUACAAACACAGGAUGUACUGGAGAGACUUAUAUUCUGCUGAGGAGGCAGAACAACUAAUUGCCCUGAUAUCAGCAGCUAAACAGCACGACGUCGUGUUCGUCUAUGCAAUCUCACCCGGCCUGGACAUUACUUUCUCCAACCCUAAAGAAGUAGCUGCUCUGAAGAGGAAACUGGAUCAGGUCAGGGAGUUUGGCUGCAGGUCCUUCUCUUUACUCUUUGACGACAUUGAGACCGAGAUGUGCCCAGCUGAUAAGCAGGCUUUCAGCUCCUUUGCCCACGCUCAGGUGGCCAUCACUAACGAGGUGUACCAGCACUUAAGAGAGCCCGAGGUCUUCCUCUUCUGUCCUACAGAUUACUGUGCUGCCUUCUGUACACCCAGCGUAACCCAGUCCUCAUACCUGAACACAGUGGGAGAGAAGCUCCUCCCUGGCGUAGACAUACUGUGGACUGGUCCAAAGGUAGUAUCCCACAAAAUCUCAGUUGAAUCCAUAGAGGAGGUAUCCUCAGUCCUGAAGAGGGCACCAGUCAUCUGGGACAAUAUUCAUGCCAAUGAUUAUGAUCCCCAGAGGCUUUUCCUUGGACCCUAUAAGGAUCGACCCACUGAUCUGAUUCCAAAACUGAGGGGAGUGCUCACAAAUCCCAAUUGUGAGUUUUACCCAAACUUUGUGGCCAUCCACACUCUGGCAACAUGGUGUAAAGCACCCAUUGAAGGAGGACCGAGGGAUGUGGAAAUGGGCGAUGAAGAGCAGGAUCCUUGCUACAGCCCACAGAAAGCCCUGAAUCUGGCCCUCACAGACUGGUUGGAGGAGUUCAUGACCACGGAUCAACCAGGAGGGCCUUGUCAUUCUCGCCUCAAAAAAGAGUUGUCAGAAGAGGAGCCCAUGCAGACAGAUAUGGGUGAGAGCCCCUAUGUUCCUGGUCCUGGAGAGAACCCUUUGUACACAGCUGAGCCUCUGACCCUGGAUGACCUGAAGCUGCUCUCUGACCUCUUCUACUUGCCCUAUGAACACGGUACCACAGCCAGGACCAUGCUGCAGGAGCUGGACUGGCUCAAAAACCACAGUCAGGCAGCUGCUGCAGAGACAGACAAGACAGCAGAGUGGCACUCGAGAGCGCAGCAGUUCGAUAACGCGUGUGAUGCAGUGGUGCAGAUGUUCAACCGCCUGUCGAACGCCCCGAAUCGCAGCAUCCUGUAUGAUCUGUACAACUACAUCUGCGACAUUAAGAGUGGGGUCGGUCUGGCUCGAGCCUACGUGAAAACAUUAGGAGGACAUGGCCAGGCCUCUGCCCAGUUAAUGACCGAUGAUCCUGAACCCUGGGGCUUCAGAGGAGGCCUCUCUGGAGAAUUCCAGAGAAUGCUGCCAGGACAUGGAAACAGGGACCUGUUCAGACAUCCUCCCAUGACAGCAGUUUAUUGCAUAAGGCCGUACUGCCCCGAGGACAAGUCAGAGGUACAGAGGAUUUUCAGGGAGAUGCAGGGAGACGGCAAAACUCCACUUAUCAGCGACAGCCUGUCAGCAGGUGACAUCCCUCCUUCCCCUCUCUGUGCUCUCGUCCUGGAGGAUGACAUCGGGCUGUGUGGCUAUGCGCUGGCCCUCAUUGAUGCCAAACCAGCUGCAGCCAAGAUCCAGAGGGCAGUAAGUGGCACAGUGUUUGAGGAAUUCCCCUCAGUGGUUGCUCUGGAAGUGCUCCCUCGGGUCACUGAUCCUUGUCCCGCCAAGCGUAUGAUUGGUCAGCUGUUGUCCUCCAUCAGGAGCAGUGGGUCCAGAGGAGCCUUUUGCGAGUUGAGGCAGAGCGAUCGGAGGAUGCUCGACUUCUAUUCCAAACUGGGCUCCUUCAAACCUGUCCACAUGGACGGGCUACCUCAAGACAGCCUCAUAAUGGCAACGAGCCUGUGAACGAGGCUGCUCGCGAGCACUUUCCUCAGGGUUUGAGUGUUGAGAUUAAAUAAAAUAAAUAAAUCUGUUAUGUGAAUAAUUGCUAACUUUGCAGCAUGUUAAACAGAUCCAAACUGUUGUCACUUCAGUCAGUUAAGCCAUGUGAUCUUCCUCCCAUUUCCGAGUUCGAUUAAAUCUGAAUAACAAACUAC